CAUCAAAAUUUUGUCAUAUAUGACUUGGAUUUUGCUAAAGGUUAUUUCUGAAGAAUAUGAGCCGCUAAUUUCAGUGGUAAUUAUACUAAGAGAGUGAUUAAUUAUUCAAAGAUAUAUUACCUUUUGUUUAAAACUAGAAUAUGAUUCUUUCCAUUAUAUGUGGCAUACAAAAUCUCAGAAAUUAAAAUAGGUAAUAAAGGGAUUGGUUAAGUCUAAAGUUGGUAUAGGAAACAAAAGUUAUAUUAUCUCCUUGGUCUAAAGUUCAUAUGGUCUUUAUCAUUCUUUUGCUUUUAAAAAACAUACAGAAAUUUAUUAGGUAUUAACAAUGCCAAACCUAUAAACUGACUGGAAAAAGAGCUGGUAGUUUUAGAUAUUUCUUUUAUAAGCUGGAUGCAAUUACCAGAGUUGGUUAACUGCUGAAAACAGUUGAUUCACCCGACUGUAUCAACCUAAACUAUGCUUUGAAACCCACGUAUUGCCAUAGAUUUACAAAUUGUAUUAUCAGAGGGAGACUAAGAAAAUGGAUCGAAACCUAUAAAUGUUUGGUUAGCAAAAUUAUGAAAAAGCUAAUUUUAUUUCUUAAUAAUUUCCAACUAUACUAAAGAAAAUAUUUUCAGAAACCAAAAAUGAAAAAGAGGGGAAAAGAGUUCCUAUCGUCCUCGCAAAAGAGAAUAUAGUCAAACUCAUAAAUUGAUCAGUUUAGUCUAAUAGUCUACUAGUCAAAAGGAAAAAUACUUUAAAUACUUGAAAAGAAAAGGAAAACUAAUCGUAAAAGAUUCGACCGUUUUAACCAAAAUCCAAGCCAAACACACUUGAUCACACCCCCACUAUAUAUAGCACACAUACUCCGACUCAUAGACAUUAAAAACAAAGGAGAACAAAAAACACCGGCGAUGUCUUCCACGGCGAGAAAUAUAUCUGGCGGUGGGAACCGGAAGUCGAGUAGGCUGCAGCGGCGGGCUCCACCACCUCUAAAGAUAAACCCGUCCGAAGCGAAUUGGAAAGUGCCCAUUCCCCUUCUAUCACCUACGGAGUCACCGCCACCGAAGCCACAAAUGGUGACGAAGAGGGAUGAGCAACGGUGGGGAAAAGAGGUGGAGAAGCCGCCAAUUUUCAAGAAGUGGCAGCACCCGGCCGCUCCGUUUUACUACCAGCCAGCGCCGUCGUCGAAUAAGCCGUUUGCAUGGCCAAAUUAACGGUCUCUUAAUACUAGGGCUACGGACAUACAUGAUAUCUAUAUAUAUAUACUUUAUAUGUCGAUCCUAUAUAUGGGUAUUAUAAACAUAUAUAUAUUUUAUACGUUAUGUACGUAGCAAUAUAUAUUGAUUUUUAUCUUUAUGCAAGAUGUAUGUUGGGUUUGACGUUGUUUUUUCGUAUAUAGUAUUGAACUCAUGAAAAUCCAAGAUGAAAUUAUGGGGAAAAAACCAUAAUAUAUAAUACAAGAUUUUGUGAUGAUCGGGUAAAUUUUGUUAAUCUACUUUAUCACAAAAAUGAAUUCAUAAAAAUAGUACAACGAAGGCCAGUUUUCUAAGUAUUAUAUAUUGUUAGUAGGUGCGUUAAUUUUCUUGCAAACAAAUAGAGAAAUGUUUUUUUUUUAUCAAAAAGAAUUAGAGACAUGUUAUACUAUAGAACAAAUAGCAAUAUAUAUUGAUUUUUAUCUUUAUGCAAGAUGUAUGUUGGGUUUGACGUUGUUUUUUCGUAUAUAGUAUUGAACUCAUGAAAAUCCAAGAUGAAAUUAUGGGGAAAAAACCAUAAUAUAUAAUACAAGAUUUUGUGAUGA